AUGACUAUGGCAUGGAGCUCUCAAGAGAAAGGAAAACUUCCUGCACAACCUCAACCCAAUCCACAAAGUCAGCCACCACAAGGAGCGGUUGAGAGUUCAAAUGUGAGGCAAGUGAAGGAGGUCACUACUUUGAGAAAUGGUAGGGUGGUGAACAUUCCAGCUCAAGGUUCAGACAAGGCUGGUAAGGUCUCUAAACUUGUACAAAAUGAGGCUGAAAAUGAAAAUAAAUUUGAGACUAAAUGGAGGCCAAAUAUUGAGCAACUCCCACCAUUGAUAGCAAGUUUGAAGCCUUCAGCAAGUUUGAAGCCUUCAGCAAAUGAAAUCCCAACACUAGAGCUAAAGCCAUUGCCGAAUGACCUGAAAUAUGCAUUUCUGGGACCGGACAACACCUUCCCAGUGGUGAUUUCAGCCCAACUCUCUCAUGAUCAAGAAGGGAAAUUGAUGGAAGUCUUAAAGCAGCACAAAGGUGCCAUUGGGUGGACAAUCGCAGAUAUAAAAGGUAUAAAUCCUCUUGUGUGUACUCAUAGGAUUUAUUUAGAGGAAAAUGCUAAAGUCUCUAGGGAGAUGCAAAGGAGAUUAAAUCCUACUAUGAAAGAGGUGGUAAAAACAGAGGUUUUGAAACUACUUGACGUGGGAAUCAUCUACCCUAUUGAAGACAGCAAGUGGGUAAGUCCCAUUCAUAUAAUUCCAAAAAAAUCUGGACUUACCAUUGUGAAAAAUGAUAAAGAUGAACUGAUUCCUACUAGGAUUUCUACUGGUUGGCGAAUGUGUAUAGAUUAUAGGAAGUUGAAUGCUGCCACUAGGAAAGAUCAUUUUCCUUUGCCAUUUCUUGAUCAAGUGUUAGAAAACGUUGCGGGCCAUGAUUUCUAUUGCUUUCUUGAUGGAUAUUCUGGUUUUUGCCAAAUAGAAAUAGCGCUUGAAGAUCAAGAGAAAACAACUUUUACUUGCCCAUUUGGCAGUUUUGCAUUUAGAAGAAUGCCAUUUGGACUAUUGUUUGACAGUUCUUUUGAUGCAUGUUUGACUAACUUACAAGUUGUUUUAGCCAGGUGUGAAGAGAAGCAUUUGCUUCUCAAUUGGGAAAAAUGUCAUUUCAUGGUUCAACAAGGCAUAGUUCUUGGUCACAUAGUCUCAUCACGAGCGUUAAAGUACUUAUUGUCGAAGAAGGAUGCUAAACCACGUUUAAUCCGAUGGAUUCUUCUUCUCCAAGAAUUCGACCUUAUCAUCAAAGACAAGAAGGGUGCUGAAAACGUGGUUGCCGACAACUUGUCUCGGCUUACAUUUGCUGAAAAUGAGCACACUAUCCCUAUCCUUGACUCUUUUUCUGAUGAACAAUUAAUGUCAGUUGAAAAUUUACCUUGGUUUGCUGACAUAGUUAAUUUUUUGGUGACAGGACAAACUCCACCCCAUUGGAGUGCUCAAGACAUACGAAAAUUCAAGCAUGAGGUAAAGUCAUUCUUCUAUGAUGAUCCUUACUUGUUGACCAAAUCAUAA